UCGGUAACAGGCAGGGCUUUGACGACGCUCAGAGUGUGACCGAGCACAAGUUGGAAGGGAGCGCUCUGAAAGUCGCUCCGGCCAAUCAAGACAAUAUCAGUGGAUAAUCACAAAACCCCAGCAUUCGUAGUAGUAGUAGUAGUAGUAGUAUAGUUGUAAAUAUGGCAAGCUCACCUGAGGACGACUUUAGCGACCUAAAAGAGAUAGGCAUUGAUGUGGUGGAAGCCAACGAAACUCUACUAGCGAGGAAAUUCGGCAAGUGCCUAAAGCACGUUCAGACAGUUGUAGCCAGCCUGGACAAUCGCACGCUGCUGAGGCUCUACGGCUUCUACAAGCAAAGCGUUGAAGGGCCUUGCAGCAUCCCCAAGCCCGGCUGGUACGACCUGAAGGGCCAGUCCAAGUGGCAGGCCUGGAAGAUGCUGGGCGAUCUGGACAAGGCCCAGGCAAUGGAGGGCUACAUUCAGCUCACUUUAGCCACCUGCCCGGAUUUUUCUUUGGAUGGCACUUCCAGCAAGGCCCCAAGCUGGGUGGCCGUUUCAGCUCCAAUUCCCGAGGCGAAUUCUUCAGCAGCCACCAUAAGCGACCACAUCCGGAGCGGCGACUUGGACCAAGUAGCAGCCUACCUGAAGCACAAUCCCUCCAACAUAAACCGAUUGGACAGCAAUGGUUUAGGCCUCAUCCACUAUGCAGCGGAUAUUGGGGAUUCACGGAUCUUGGAACUGCUGCUCAAAGGCGGCUGCCAGGUGAAUUUGCAGGUACGUCUAGAGUUUCUCCGUAAAUUUUUAUUUACGGGGGAAUACUUUAGGACUCCGAAGGGCAAACGGCGUUGCACUACGCAUCCAGCUGUGGAAAUCUCGGCUGUGUGCAACUGCUGUUGGACUACAAGGUCGACUGUUCUGUUAGGGAUAGCGAAGGGAGUUUGGCUGUGGACUUGGCUGAAAACGACCGCAUUAGGCACUUACUAGAGUAGAAAUGCCAUAUUGUUUAUUAUCAAUAGAACGCUAGAUAUUGUGGAAA